AUGCGAUCCACCUCAGUUCAGAUCCUCUUCGCCGUCGUACUUCUCCUUACUUCCUUACCCUUUUCAAUCGCUAGACCACUCGAAAACGGUAAAUUGGUAGUCAGAAAUACCGAAGCACCCACCAGCUCAGUCCGCGGUACCACCGACAAUGCUGCUGCUCCGACCAGUGGCAUCCUCUCCACAUCCACAGUGACCAACUUCCAUGAGGAAACUUCUACUACCGAGAUCGACUCUUCCGCUUCUGCCACAAUCUCUGACUCCGGAUCGGUGUCCUUCGGGAACCAUAAUUCUGAGGACUGUACCGACUCACAUGGGUUCCCUGGCGGAGGAGGAUUUGGAGGAUUCCCUACUGGAUUUCCAGGAGGAGGAGAUUGUGCGGAUGACAGUGGUUCACCAUGUGAUUGUUCAUUACCCAAUGCCACACCUCUCGGCAGUCCCACCUCUACUGGUGCCACUUCGAACGCUGCUGUUCCUACGCAGUCGGAUGUUGGGUGCGCAGAUGCUAGUGGAUCUCCAUGCGAUUGUUCACAGCCCGGUGCUACACCUAUGGUAAGCGAUACCAGUGUGCCAGCCAGUCAGGCCGGAACUACCUCUAUGGCAGCUGCUUCAACUUCCGACACCGUACCCACUUCAGAUAUCGGAGCUUCGACACCAUCAUCGGAUAUACCGAUACCUACUUCAGAUGCAGGUGGAUGCAUCAACUCAAACGGUGCACCUUGCGAUUGCUCUCAGUCACGUGCUACACCCACUGAGUCAGCUAGUACUGGAGUACCCACCGUCCCAGCAGGAGAGACGUCCAAUGCAGCUUCGCCUACAACCGAUACUGCCAGUGCGACUGCUCCAACUUCGUCCCAAAGUCAUUGCGCCGAUCAAAGUGGAACACCAUGCGAUUGCUCUCAGCCUGAUGCUACCCCUAUUGAGUCAUCUUCCAUCCCGUCAGAUACUACCUCAAUGGCAGCUACUCCCACUUCCGAUGUCCCCAUCCCCACAGGAGGAUGUGCCGAUGCAAGUGGUAUCCCGUGCGACUGUUCUCAACCCGGUGCCACACCUACCUCUUUAGGGGGUAUUGGUGCGCCUACAAGCCUUCUAUCAGGGGCUACUUCUGACGCUGCUACUCCCACUUCCAGUGAAGCUAUGCCUACCAUUUCUGUUUCGGAGGAAAAUUGUUCUGAAUCUAAAGCAUAUUCAAACAGCACUGGCAGUGUUACUUCCUCCGGACCUACACCAAGUCAAUCUUCAAGUGAAGGAAACACACCUGACAACUCUGGGAAUUACGAUCAAUAG